ACUAAAUUAUAGGGAUUUAACAUUAUUUGAUUAUACUCUGACAUGUCAGUUAGGUGGUUAAAAAAGGGGGGAGACGAAUGUUCAAUUACAUGUUUUCAGUACAUCCAUUUUGCAGCACAUGGAGGAUAAUUAUCUCCAAAGCUAAAACGAUAACGCCAAGACAUCUGUGGCGGUCAGACAGCUGUCACACUGGUCCCGAUGUUGUUUUACAGCCGAACAAAGCAAAAGGAGCCCCAAAUACUCAGGUAACCAAAACACGCAAAAAGCUAAGAUCUUCAUGUCAACCAGUGCUGGACCAUUUUGACCAGCAGUACAGUCAGGAACUUGGAGACUUGUGGACACCUGCAAGAGCAGUGCUCCUGGACCCUCACUCCUGGCAAUAUGGGGUCAUGCUCAACCGCUUCACUACAGUGACAAACAUCAAACAGACUCUCCAAUCAAAGGGAUUUUCCACAUUGCUGCCUCAAACAGAGGCCUCCACACUGUGUGGUGAUGUCCCCACAGUGUCUAAUUCUAUAUCUCAAGAUGAAAAAUGCCCUGUUUUGCCGCCUCACUGCAUCUCCAAGUGUCCUGAUGACUCCCAUGUUCAGCUUGUCAGCAGCUCUCAUGCACUCACUCUGCCUCAAUCAGAGUCUUCACUCAGACUGCCCUGUUCUUCACUUCAGUGUUACAUACACCCAAAUCCAGUGUGUUUCCCCUCACAGGCUCACAGGCCUGGUCAGCUGAAGCAGUACUAUCUCCUGAAUGCUGCCUCCCUGCUUCCAGUGCUGGCACUGCAAGUCAGAGAUGGAGAGAAGGUUUUGGAUCUUUGUUCUGCCCCUGGGGGCAAAGCUUUAGCCAUAAUGCAGUGUGCUACCCCAGCAUUUCUCUGCUGUAAUGAACCAGAUCCACACAGACGAGACUGGCUGGCUAAAACCCUGGAGUCUUUUCUGCCUCACUCAUUAACUAGCAGAGUGAUUGUGUCUGCACAGGAUGGACGGUGUUUUGGGCAAAGUGAAGAGGGGGCAUAUGACAAGGUCUUAGUCGAUGCUCCUUGUUCUAAUGACAGGAGCUGGUUGUAUUCUUCCAGUGGCCAACAGGGGGAACAGAGACUGAAAGAAAGAGCCCGGCUGCCUUUGCUCCAGGCUCAAUUACUGAGGUCUGCACUGUCAGCCGUGCGUCCAGGGGGCGUCGUGGUUUAUUCAACUUGCACACUGUCCAGCUCUGAGAACUAUGCUGUGGUUGAGUCAGUGCUGAAUGACUGUCCUGAGGCUGAACCUGAAGACCUGUGGGAGGAGAUUGCAGUUCCUUUAUCAAACUGCUUUACAUUUAGUCCAGAUCACCGUGGUCAUGAACAGACACCUCACAAGCCAUCCCUGCAGUCACAGUACGGUGUCAUGUCCAGUUAUCACCACAGACUCGGCAUACUAGUUGUUCCUCAGCCUCGGAGAACCUGGGGACCGAUGUUUUUGUCUCGCAUUAGAAGGAGGAAAUAGUGUUUGUCUUCCUGAGCAGAUGAGAUGUGUGAAAACAAAUAGCUAAACUUUAUGUGUACAACUUUUGUUUUGUUUUUCUAGAAAUAAAAUUAAAAUACCUCACUCAAUUGGAUUUUAAUUCUCAAAACUGCCAGCCUGUGCCAUAUAUAGGACAAGAAAGAAAAUGAAAGCAGAUUAGACAUGCUGUUGCACACAUGUCAAUGUCCACCUACAGUAAAAACU